ACACCCAAGUACUUUCCCCAUUGAACUUGCGAAAGCAAUCUGUAGUGGUGGGGCUAAUGUGGUGUUUUAAUAUCAGUCGUUCAACCCAGGCCAAGGUUUCCAUGAUUUUCAUGACGAAAAAAAAGAGUGACGUCAAUGUCAUUUACAGUUUCAUGUUCGAUGGUUUCGUUCUUGGGUCUCCUGUUCUUCGUAUAAAUAGCGACCGUAGCCGAGACGUGAUCAUCAGUUGUUCCAGCAACAGUCGACUAUUCCAACAUGGCAAAGUUCGCUACUUCCCUCGUACUCGUUGCUCUUGCAGCAGUCGCCAUGGCCAAUGGUGGAUACUAUGGUGGUGAAUACAGUAAACACCCAUAUCCCAUGGAUGGAUACAAGAAGGAUGGAUACUCUGGUGGUGAAUACAGUAAACACCCAUAUCCCAUGGAUGGAUACAAGAAGGAUGGAUACUCUGGUGGUCAAUACAGUAAACACCCAUAUCCGAUGGAUGGAUACAAGAAGGAUGAACGCUACACAAAGCCUACUUACGGUGGCGAUUACGUUCCUUCACCUUACGGUAAAGGUGGUAGCUACUCGCCAAUUUCUUACGGUAGCAAAGCCCCCUAUUACCCUCGCGCAAACAAAUACGGAAGCUACUAAAUCUUUCAAUUACUCCGACAUCAACGACAACUUCUGAAAAUCUGAAAUUGCAUUCGUUCUUCUAACAAUUAAUUUAAAAAUAUUGGAAAAUCUAUCGAUGGCAGUGUUUUCAAAUCCCUAUUUUUAGACACUGAAAACAUGAAUAAAAUGGCAUUUUAAAAUCA